ACAUAAUCAUAAUCUUCGAGAAUCAAGUUCGUUAGUAAAGUCUUUUUUAAAAGUUUGGUUUUGCUAUAUUAAACUAUUUUAGAUUUAGAUAAUCGCUUCCAACUGAUAACGAAACCGAUAAGAGGUUACUAGAUCGUGAAGUAAUAUUUGUUUCAAUUUUCUCAUGGGCUUUCUCGAUGAUGAAUUACAAGAGGUAUCAGAACUUUGUCAAAAUGUCGUUGAUGGUAGCCGUCUCGUUUCUUGUGUUUGUACCAUGGUGCGAGUGGAAAUAACGAAAACCGAGUUCAAGACCAUCGUCGUGUGCAUACAAUUCGCGAAGAACUAUCCUAAUGUUCCAUUGUUACUUGAAUUGAAGAGCAAAACUAUAUCUGUGAAGUUACUUAACGGUCUAACAGAAGUCUGUGAAAAGGAAUGCAAGAAAUUGUUGGGAAAGGCACAGGUGUUACCAAUAUUGAAAUUUAUCCGUAAUUUCAUUGAUGAAAAUCCUUUGAUUUGUUGCUAUGAUGAAAUCUCAACCAUAAAAAAACUCUUAGGGGACGACGAUGAAAUAAAAUUGAAACAAAAAUAUUCUUCUAUUAGUUUGAAGAUUAAGAAAGAGUUAUAUUAUUUCAAAGCUAAAAUCGAUGUACCAGAUAAUUAUCCAGUUGCCUGUGUAAAAUUGGAAGAUGUAGAUACAAAUUUUCCUCCACUAUUUACACGCCAUUUCACAGGUCAAGGAAAGGAAUUAGCCAGACAGUGUGUAGAACCACCGCUUAGGAAGAAACCACGCACUCCUUUUAUUCCCUCACCAUCCUUGGAAGUUGUCACAUCUUUUCUCAUACAAUGUGUAAAGACUUUGCCACAAGAACAUUGUCAGUCAUGCAAACAAAAAUGUUUGCCAGAGAAUCCAGAAAAUGCAGAAACCAACGAAACUGCAGAUAUGCAUGUAGAGAGACUUUACUGUGGACAUUUGUUUCACCUACACUGUCUUGUGACGUACAUGAAGACUCCUCCAUUCCAUGGGGGUAAAAAAUGUCCAACAUGUGAACAACGUAUCUAUCAUGAAAAAUGGGGUGUAAGCGAUAAGCUUGCAGAAGAACGUUGGGCUCAUCAACAAGCCCGAGCUAGGGAACUAGCAGAGGUAGAAGAUUUUUUCAACUGAAAUCUACAUUUCAUUUAAAUCAUAUCUCUAAGUGACGAUAUUUCUAUGAAAGAAUGCAAUAUCACGAACAAAAUAUUGCUAUGGACAAUUAGGGAAAAAUGAGUGGUGAGGAUGGGAAGACAAGUAUAGGAAAAUUUUCAAAAUAACAUUAUUUAUAAUUCCACGCAUAUCUAUAUACGAACAAAUGUAUAUAGGUCAGCGUUAAAAGAAGGUAUUUUUAAUACCGCAAAGUUUAUUAUGAUAUACACUAAGCAGUUUAUAUAUAUGCUAUAUAAUAACAAUUUGCUUGAUAAGGUGCUAAUUUUUCGCAUUAUUGAAUUGUUUUUUUUACUAAACUAAUAUCGUAAAAUUUUUGUCAGAUUGAAGAAAGAAUCAUUCAAUGAUUUUGUAUAAAUUUAGAUCUUUAAUCAUUUUUAUAUUGAAUAUUUGAAUUUGUACUUUGAAAUAACUAAAGAACUUAUUUUAUAUUACACUGAUAUUGAAAAGACGUUUUAAUUAAAAUAUUUGAAAGAAGAAAAAUCAAUUGGAAAAUGGUGUUGAUAUACUACUUAUCGUGCGUUAAAGUACUCACCAGUUCGGUUACGAAGUGCCUUUCCAUGUUUCACUAUUAUGACGGGAAUAAUUCUGAAUGUUACUUGUGCGUGUUGUGAAGUGCAUCUUCAUAUAGUUUUUAAUAUCUUGAUGUUGAAUUGAAUUAAAUUGAAUCGUAUUAUUAAUUAACUAUCACAGAAAGAUAUAAUAUAAUUUGUUAAUAACUGACAACAAUAUUCAACCGUUAAAAACUUUCAGUGUCGUGGAUCGAAUAUUCCUCGUGCGAAAAAGGGCGCGAUAUUUAAUGUACUGAUUUCAGCGCCACUCGCGGAGUGCAGAAUUAAUCGAUGUUAUCGAAACGUCUAAUUGCAAUUUUUUAAAAACUCUUAAGGUUGGACACCUAUUGUAUAACAAAAUAAACAAAACAAUCAAUUUUUACUAGUAACAAAUAAUUAAUGUAUGAAACAAAAACAAAGUAUAUUCUUUCUUAACAAAAUUGUUUUUUACGUGGAAUGACUUAUACAUUUUUAUUUUUGAUUGUAAUAAUAAAUACUUAUGGAAGAAUGUAUUUUACUACGUCAAUUUUAUUCCAAACGAAAAAUAUAUAUUAUUUAUUUAACUUAAAAGACAUGAGAAACUCACAUGUAUUAAUAACGAAUAAUGUUCAUGACUUCAAUAGAGUUCUAAAUGUAAAUUUUUCUCAUAAUCGAUAAUCGAAAAAUGGUCGAUACGGUUUAUAGCGGAACCAUGGCGGAACGAAACAUACAAGGUAUUUAUCGUAUGUAUCGACUAGCUAUAUAUACUCUUAUGCCUUUGUAUAUUUGUGACCGUGGUUGUGACAUAUUAUAUUGAUCCUCGGUACCGACUACGAUGAUCCUCUAUUUAUCUCGUUCUCGUACUGGCUUUCACGGCGUAGUUUGUGCGGAUAUAUUAUUUGUUCCGUAGUUUGUCUUUCUGUGGAUUGGCAUUUUUUUCAUGUACAUUUCAGUCCGGUACGACACGGAUGAUAGCGUGUUUAGGUGGAGCCACGAAAAUAUAGAAAGGUAAACUUUCACGAGUGAACUGGUUAUGAUAACCUAAUUUCAAAAUCGUUUAUUUGUUCUGAGUGGAGCCUUAUAUCUUCAUUUUCCAUUGUGGAAUUAUUGAUCGAAGUUCGUUGAAUUUCAGUUGGAACUCCGUUUUUCUUACGUAAUUUUAAGUACAUACAACGAAAAACAUUCAUUUUUAUCUUAGUUAUUUAAUGUAUUUAUCGUUUCAAUAUCUUAUUUAAUAAUGAAAUAAUGAUAAAUUAAUUUUAA